AUGAAGAGCUUGGGUCCCCUUCGUUACUUCUUGGGGCUUGAAGUUUCUGAUUCUCCCGAUGGUUUCUUUCUGUCCCAGGCUAAGUAUGCCUCCGAUCUUCUUGCUCGAGCUGGUCUCAGAGACUGUCAAGUAGCAUCUACACCACUUGCGUACGACGUUCGACUUACUCCUCAUGAUGGCUCUCUUCUUGAUGAUCCUACUGUUUAUCGUCAACUUGUUGGGAGUUUGAUCUAUUUGACUGUCACUCGAUCAGAUAUCGCUCAAGCAGUCCAUAUUGUGAGUCAGUUCAUGUUCUCCUCUAACUCCUCUUUGACUCUCAGCGGUUACUCUGAUGCUGAUUGGGCUGGUGAUCCCACCGAUUGA